CUAUCACUUUGUGCAUGAAAUGACUGCUCUUCUAGUUGCUUUAUACCCCUUUCUUGUGAUCAUGACAUCAGAAAAGUCGCUCUGGUGUUGUGGUAAACUCGAGGCUGUCAUCCUCGGAGGACGCCCGAUGGUCGGAAACGAAAUUUGGCUUACCUGUAAAUCUUACGUGGCCUGUAACUGCGAUGCAGCCUCCACCAAAGUGGACGCUUCCUCACUGCCAUAUGUCCCCAUUACCCUCCUCCGACCUCCAAAUAACGGAAAGUUGGUAGAGUGUAGAUUCCAGGCUGCUUUGUCGCCAUAA